AUGCCCCCUCAACAACGAAAAAAGAAACCCACCAUCGCUCCACGCCCACGCCGCUUAACGCGUCGAAAGCCCUCUUCCAAAACCACCACGACAACAACAACACCAUCCCCACCACCAACAACCAAACCCAACCACCUCAACAUCCUCGAAAUCCCAACCCCCCCACCCCCAGACCCCACAACCCACGGCCUCCCCCGCGACAUCCCCGAAGUCUCCCGCUCCCUCCCCUACGCCGGCAAAAAGUCCCCGCGCACGCUACUAGCUCGAGGUCUCCCGCCCAUGCACCGGUUAAGCGAUAUAUACCAGGACAUGACAAGGCGGGCGAUGGAGCUGGGGUUUGGGGAUGUGGUGGGGCAUUUGGGGGGUAGGGCGUUGAGGGUUGUGACUGUUUGUUCAGGGACAGAGAGUCCGUUGUUGGCGUUAGAGAUGGUGCAGAGGAAUUUGAGGGAGGAUUUUGGAAAAUGUUUUGAUUUUAAGCAUCUGUUUAGCGCUGAGAUUGUGCCGUUUAAGCAGGCGUAUAUUGAGCGGAAUUUUCAUCCUCGGUAUUUGUUUCGUGAUGUUGCUGAGUUGAAGGAUAGAGUGGCACAAACUGCAUACGGCUCCCUCGAGAAAAUCCCCAAGAACCCCGACAUCCUAAUCGCCGGCUUUUCCUGCGUCGACUUCUCGGGCCUAAACAACAACCGCAAAACCCUAGACGAAAAGGGUGAGUCUGGCGGAACGUUUUGGGGAAUUGUCCGGUAUGCGACUACAUACAGACCACGGAUCGUGAUUUUGGAGAAUGUCAAGAAUGCGCCUUGGGACGAGAUCAAAGAGAAUUGGAACGAGAUUGGAUAUUUCGCCGUGCAUAUGGCCGUCGACACAAAGGCUUAUUACCUCCCUCAAACCCGUGAACGGGGGUACAUGUUCUGCAUUGACCGCAACCUCUUGGAAGAGCGAGACAUCCCAGAAACCGAAAUGGAGCAAUGGAUCGCCCUGUUCACAGGCUUCAAACGCCCCGCCAGUUCCCCAGCCGGAAUGUUCCUCAUGGACAGCGAUGAUCGACGACUCGAGCAGAUCGAAAAGGACAUGGCAGCGUAUAUCACCUCGUCUUCUGCCAAGACGGCUGUUAACUGGGCGAGAUACCAAAUCCGCCAUCAGGGAUAUCGUCUGGAGCAGAACUUGGGGCAUAGACGGCCGAUUAGUAGGUCUCAGGAGGAUGGGACUUGUCAGAUGCCGGAUUUCGCAUGGCAGACGUAUGUGAGGUCGUUGCCAGAGAGGGUUUGGGAUACCAUUGAUGCGAACUUUUUGCGGAAGCUUGGGGAGAAUGGAUAUGAUAUGAAUUAUAAAGAGAGAUGCAUCGAUCUAUCCCAAGGCCUCGACCGAGAAACCGAUACCCGCGCAUACGGACUCGUGGGCUGCAUCACGCCCUGCGGCAUCCCAUACAUAACCACCCGAGCCGGUCCGCUCUGCGGUCUUGAAGCACUCGCCCUCCAGGGCCUCCCGUUGGACAGACUGCUACUCACCAGAGAAAGACACCGCGAACUGCAAGACCUCGCAGGAAACGCCAUGAGUUCAACUGUUGUCGGCGCUGCGGUUCUCUCGGCGUUGAUUGUUGGACACAAAGUUCUUAACGAGUCUGUUCCGAAGAAGACCCAAUCGAAGCACAAGCAGAUCGCCCCACGAGAUGAUUACCCUUUGGUUUCGAGUGGCGUGCCACUAGGCCAUGUCUUCAGCAUAGACACCACAGACCUCCAAGCACAAGCCGCACGCAGCGCAAGAUACUGCACAUGCGAACGACAAACAGCAACACGACAAAGUAUCCUGAGGUGCACUCUAUGCGACCACACAGCCUGCUCCGACUGCGCCGGCAACCCAACACACGCCUAUGAACGCUGGUCCAGCAUAGCUCGCAGCCAACCACUGGACUUUGUCAGUCAUCUCAAGAACAUCCUACCGACCCGACUAGUUCUCUCCGGUAUAUCUCCCGAUGAUUAUAAUUCUCUAAGCACAAACUCCCUAGGUUGCCCACCUGUUGCCUGGAAUGAUUUCUUGGAAGCAGUUUCACGAGCAAUUGGCGAUGAGCUCCGAUUUUUGGACAUCAAGCGGAGUGAAUAUUGGACUGUUUCUUACCAGGGAAGACAUUCCAUUUUGAAUCUUGUCAUUAGUUCGACGAACAUUCAUUGGUUAUUUUUUGCGAAGCCGUCAGAGUUGGAACCGGCUCUGUGCUUGAACCGUGAGAUACUUUCCAAGCCCAUUGCGCGAAUGACCCCCGUUUCUGGGUCCCUUCUCGACGGAGAAUGGGAAAUAUGUGCGCCAAUCAGUUCCAGGUGUAUAAUGGCUUUUUCUGGUACUGGUGCUCGAGUCAUGUCAUAUGAAGCGAGAUGCGGACUACAGAUGAAGCGGUUGAUUGAAUCCGAAGUUUGGAACCAGAUCACCGUCCAAGCACCGGAUGAGAGUGUGGAGGAUUUAGAAGUAGACAUCCGCGGAACUUACGAGCUCUUACCAGAAUGCGGGACGGCAAAUGCCUCGUUGCAUAAGAAGGCUGUUAUUCCUGGCACUCCUGCAGUGUAUCUGUUUUUGGACCCCCACAAGAUCAACGAGGCUGAGAAUGAUUCUUUUGUUUUUUCGUUGGAGCAUCAUCGUAUUCCUGGAUAUGCGCCACGGUUGACUGUCGCCGAGGUUUCGCAUACAUGGCGCUCCUCCAGAGCAACCGCUGAACCGGAGCAUGUUAAUGUGUAUCAUCGAGAGUGGACCAAGGCCCAGGCGGCUCGUUUGACGCCGUACGAUUCUGAUGCUCCGAUAACUUGCGCCAAGUUACAAACUGGUGCAGAAAUCUCCACUGGAAGCGUUGAAUGCCGCGAAGCGAAUGUCACGUUGCUGUCCUUCACAGCCCCAGCAACAAUCAUCGACUCACCAACACCGAAAGGUUCCUGGGAAAUCAUCAAUCCCAUUGAUUCUUCAGACAUGUUAAAGGACCUUUCUUGGCUAGUGCAGAGAACUGCCGGAUUUUCCGACUUCCAGCAAUGGACUGAGGUCACCAACCACAAUAACCAACUCAAUCAUCCGGACAAUCCCAUGUGCACAAUCUGCGUCCCACCAAAACCCCGAACCCUAUGGGGCCGGAACAGAAAAGGUUGGAUCAAAGCAUACGAAGACCCACACGACGCAGCUCUCUACGAGCGACAGAUUAAAGCAAAACCCUCCCCAUUUCUGGUCUUCCGGCGUGUUGAUGAGGAUGAUCUUGGACACCUGCGGGUUACUCUUAAUAUCCAGACCCUUUUGCAUCAGGCUUGUGACAAGUUAGUUGGGUCGAAGAUUGAUAACGUGGUAUCGUUAUUUUGGCGAUUGGUUCCAAAUGCUUAUGAUGCGAGGAAUUUGGUAUCUCCGAAGUUUCAAUUGAGCAGUAACAAGCGCGAUCUGCAGGCACUGCAGCCGCCUGGACUUCGUUUGGAACUGCGACCGGAACAGUUGCGGUCGUUGUCGUGGAUGGUAGGUCAAGAAGACGAUGAUGUUGCACCGUUCGAGGAAGAGGAAACCGAGGAGGCUUUUCUGCCGUUGAUGAUGUGGCGCGCAGAAGCCAGGGCCACCACGCAAAAAGUUGUCCGCGGAGGCGUUCUUGCGGAUGAUGUUGGAUAUGGCAAGACCGCUAUUAUUCUUGGACUCAUUGAUAUUCAAUCUCAAAGUGCCCAUCAUACCGUGCAGGCACCGAUUGAAGGCUUGAUCCCGUCAAAUGCAACGCUCAUCGUCGUCCCUCAUAUUAUGCUACCGCAAUGGAAAUCGGAGAUCGAGAAGUUCCUAGGAAACAGAUAUAACGUCUUGGUAUUCCAAUCUGCCGCCUCGUUUACGAGCAAGACAAUCUGGGAUGUUCGAAACGCAGACAUCAUUUUGGUUUCCUGGUCUGUGUUCAAUAACGGUGGCUACUACCAGAAGAUGCACAAAUUCACUGGCAUGCCGCGCGUUCCUAUAAAAGCGGGACGCAAUUUCGAUCAUUGGUUUCAGGAUGCUCAGGUUUCGCUCAGGUCCCAUGUUCAGGUCUUGAUGGACCAAGGCCCUAAUGCCCUCUUGAGGGCCAUUCGUGCCAAGCGACAAGAGGUAAAGGAAAAGCAGGCAAAUUCAACGUAUGUCCCGUCCAGGCGACUCAGAGGGAAGGUGUAUGCAGAAGCAAAUAAAGGGAAGUUGGACACGGAUUCCAAAAUGCACUAUGCCGAUGUAUCCAGUGCGGAAGAAGAGUCUGACGCCAGUGACGGCGAGUAUCCUGACAAACUUAGGGCCAAUGUUGACCGGCACCUGAAGCUUCGAGAUGCAAAAUUAGUCGAUGCUAAUCCUACUGACGACCUCGAUGAUUCCGAUUCUGAAGGCCAGGAGACCGAGUAUGAAGACUCUUCGACAGACAAUCCCAUCGAUGCCCGCAGUUGCUGCAGAAAAGGCCGCGGCAGGAAGCGCAAGUACGACGCAUCGGGCAGCGCCUCAAGCGGCAAAAGCAGAUGGAACGAUCGUAAGGAGUUUAACAUCACCGAAGAAGACGACUCUCAAGACUGGGAGACGGUCAAAACACCCUUGCUGCACGCUUUUUCGUUCAACCGCCUCGUCAUCGAUGAAUUCACAUACGCCAACCCAGAAAGACUUGCUCCUCUAUUAUCGCUCAAAGCACACUCAAAGUGGAUUCUGUCCGGGACGCCUCCAUUGAACGACUUUGCCGAUGUCAACACUAUUGCUCCAUUUCUGGGUAUCCAUCUUGGAAUCGAUGAUGAUGACGACGACCAGUCCCAGAAUAAACGACUCAAAACGCUAUGGAAACAUAGAUCCGAAGCGGAAGCUUUCCAGUCUUUCAAGGCGCCCCAUAGUGAGGCAUGGCACCGACGACGGCAUGAAGUUGCGCAAAACUUUCUCGACCGCUUCGCGCGUAAGAACGUUGCUGAAAUUGAUGAGAUACCUUGCACGGAGCAAAUUGUUCUAGUCAAUCAGUCUCCAGCCGAGAGGGCUAUUUACCUCGAACUGUAUAAACAGCUAAUGGCUCAGAACCGCCAACUUCGUCGACGCAACCAGGGACAAUUCGGAAAUGAUCAGAUCGAAAGACUGGACGAGAUUAUCGGCAACAGUUCGAGUCCCGAAGAAGCCUUGCUUAAGCGAUGUUCCUCACUAGCAUUGCAGGGUCGUUGGGAUAAUGGCAAGCCUGAAGCUGUCACCUGUUACACACUUCUUGCUAUUCGUGAGAAGCAGCUUGGCGCCCUCACGCACGAUAUCCUGAUGAAGUUUAAGCUGGCUGCCUGGGUGUAUUGUAGUUGCGACUUGAAAUAUGAAUCCUUCCAGAAGUUUGUCGAGAGUCUCAUAAGGCACGACUUCGGUGACAGUGAGGUCACAGAAAAGGCCUAUCCACUUCUUAAGAGCGCAGUCUUCAUGUCAACACAUGACGAUUGGAUGGUUUUCUUUGUUGAGUCGCGAGACGAUGGCAGUUCUGAAAAAGCCGUGGAAUCCCAUAAUCAAUCAGAAUCGGACGCCAGAGACGACGAUACCGAAGACGAAGAUGAUGAAGACUUUCCACCUUCAAGGCCAGUCAAGAAAAGGAAGACAAAAGCCGCUGGUAACGGUGUCAAAAGCUCUUCCGCUCAGAAAACCGGACGAAAGAAAACCACCAGCCUCAAACCAGACAAGCUCGAACAAUCCGUCCUCCCUCCAAAACCGCGUCAAACAUACGAAUAUGAACUAACCCUCCGCGAAGUCACGUCCACACUCCGCAACCUAAUCGUCGAAUGGGUACUCCGGGAAAGAGCCCUCCGCUUCCUACGAACCGUCCGCCUCAUACAAACCGGUACAGAAAUCCCCGUAUGCGACGGGUGUGAGAAUGGCCCUAAAACCCUCGAGGAUGUAAACAUCCUCGGUUCCUGUGGACAUGCACUCUGCGCGGAAUGUGCCCGGAACACUAUUUUGAAGGAAGAGUGUAGCGUGGAAGGUUGCCGUGGCUCAGGAAAGCGGUUCAAUGUCAUCAAAGCGAACACCCUCGGACACGAUCACGAGGACAAGAGUGCGACAUUUGGAGGGAGCAAAUUGGAUAAGCUGGUGGAGAUCAUCCGUGGUAUUCCCAAGGAUGAACGAGCGCUGUUAUUCAUCCAAUUCCCGGAACUGAUGGAAGUCGCAUCCAAAGCCCUGGAACUAGCACAAAUCAAACACACGGUAAUCUCUCCCACUGAUCGUAGAUCAGCACAAAAGGUCGAGCAGUUCCAGAAAACGAGCUUUGGGGAGAACCGGGUCUUGAUAUUGAACCUGGGGGGUGAAAUGGCGGCUGGAUUAAACCUCCAAUGCGCAAACCACGUUAUCUUCCUCUCACCCCUCCUCGGCCAAACCCAGUACGACUAUGACUCAUCCAUGACCCAGGCCAUCGGACGUUGCCGUCGAUACGGCCAGACCAGACACGUCCAUGUCUAUCAUCUGCUGGCGAAGCUGACAGUUGACGUGAAUAUCUUCCAGGAGCGUCGGGAGAAGGUGCUCAUUGAGAAGGAUGGGAAGCCGGUGUUGGUUAGCCGUGAGGAGGCUGUGGAGUCUGAGGCUAUUAGCUGUGAGGGUCCCUCGUUGGUCAUGGAUAAUGCGUUUUGA